GUCAUUGUCAACCAGGGAAGUAAAACUGAGCGGUUGUCGAAGGAAAGACGGAAGCUAUGGUUGUCGAGGAUCAACCGAGCUGGAUUUACUCCUGAUCCAACAAAGAGACACUAUAAAGUUUGCUCGGAUCAUUUCCUAACGGGUCGUAAAGCUGAUUUGUAUGAGGUUACUCAUCCAGACUGGGCGCCCUCUCUCAAGAUGGGAACUGCGCAUCAGUCACCUACUGAUUCAACACUGAAAUCUCAGUCUGCCAUGAAGCGAUAUAAUCGUUGUAGAGACCGGGAGCAUAAGAGAAAGAGGUUUCAAGCGACAGAAGCACUUCUGGAUUUACAGAAAAGCAGUCCAGAUGUUACGGAAAGAACACAUCCUGUCCAGCUGGAAGGUGAAGUACAGAAUGAUAGUGGAAAUGUUAACACACCUGACAAUGAACCGGAAGUGCCUCUGGUUGCUAUGAUGAGAACUGAAAUCCAAAGACUAAUCAGUGAAAACCAUGAACUAAAAGAACGAUUAAAGAAAGGUAUCUUCUCCCCUGAUAAUCUUAAAGAUGACAAUGAUACAGUUAAAUAUUACACAGGACUGGAUUACCACACCCUGAUGACAAUCUACAACUUUGUGAAAGACUAUGUUCCAGAAAGAGCCAAUUCUGGAAUUACUAAAUUUGAAAAAGUGAUGCUUGUUUUGAUGAAACUCAGGCUUAAUCUUGGGAUGCAAGAUUUGGCCUACCGCUUUAAAGUUUCAAAAAGCUGUGUAUCUAAAAUCUUCCUUGAUGUGAUUCAUAUUCUGUAUGUUAAAUUGAAGUUAUUUAUACUAUGGCCGGAAAGAGAAGCACUCCAGAUGGCAAUGCCUAUGGAAUUCCAACAGUAUUUUGGUGUUAAGGUUUCUGUUAUUAUUGAUUGUUUUGACAUUUUUAUUGAAAGACCCUCAAAUCUUUUAGCACGUGCUGAAACAUGGUCUCAUUACAAGCAUCACAAUACGGUGAAAUACUUGAUUGGUAUCACACCACAAGGAGCUGUGUCAUUUCUGUCGAAGGCGUGGGGUGGAACGACUUCAGAUAAAUAUAUCACAGAGAAUUGUGGACUUCUAAGUAAACUGCUUCCAGGUGACGUUAUAGUCACAGGCAGGGGUUUUGACAGAGAAAGUGGAGGCUUGUUCUGUGCAGAGGUGGAAAUCCCAGCAUUUACUCAAGGGAAGAGCCAACUAUCUCCUGUUGAUAUUGAAACUACUCGAAAGAUCGCCCGUACAAGAAUUCAUGUAGAAAGAGUAAUUGGACUUGUUAGAAAUAAAUUCAAGAUUUUACAAAAUACUCUUCCAAUUGAGUAUCUGCAUUGCAGUACAGAUUGUAUUCCAACAAUUGACAAGAUCACCACUCUGUGUUGUGCUCUUACUAACAUGUGUAGAUCAGUAGUACCAUUUGAUUAGAUUGUUGAAAACAUAAAUUGUACAAGUACAUGACUUUGGCAUUGAGGAAGUUGCACUAUGGUUGAAUUUGAUCCCAAGUUUGUUGAUCAUUAAAAUGUGGUCACCAACA